GCUUUCGCGUGCCGGCCGUGCCUCUCACUCUCUGUUCUUGUUUCAAGAGUGACAAGCGAGUAUAGUUGAGGUUUCACGAGCGUGAGCGCGGUCCCGCCCAGUUUGGCCUGGGUUUUCUGUAAGAGCACUUGGUCUGUUCGUGGAGCGUGUGCAGCAGGGCUCGGGUUCUUUUCCCUUCGACGUUUCUGUCUUAAUGUGCCAUCCGCGUAGGAUCCAUCUGUUUAACGAGCGACGUAUCCAUCUGUUUAACGAGCGACGCUCCUUCUUUUCUUAAGCCUUAUCCUUGUUAUGUACAGCGAUGAGGACAGGGAUGCGAGUUUCAUCGUUGACGCCCUCCCGUUUAUUCUUUGUUCAGUUUCGCCCCUUCGUUAUCUGAGGCUUGUCCCUUUCAUAUUUUACUUAUUCGGGUAUAGCUUACCUCAUCUCGUGCUGUCUAAUUUGAAGCAUCUAAUUUGAAAUACUUAGCCUAGCGCGCUGCUAUUCAUUAAGAAUAGCGCUGUCCCCUCUGUCUCCAAAGUUUCGGACGGCCGUGAAGGACGUACGGGCGUGGUGCUUGGCCGUGACCUGAGCGCGAUGGUGGACCCUGACGCCACCGACUUUGCGGCCGCAUUGGAGGCCGAUCGCGGCGGGCGUACGUACGGCUGUAUGUCGGCUGUCCCUGAAUAUUUCGACAUCCCCAUUGAUUUCAACAAGUCGGCCUCGGUAGAAGAAAUCCUGUAUAAAAACCAGAAUAUUGGGAACAUGCUCGUGCGCAUCCACUCCUCUCUCCGUCGCCAAGAAACUGAGUUCCAUAAAGCCCUUCUGCCGCAUAUUGCUUUUGUUUACAAAAAUAAAAGCAUUUUGUUUUUCGAGGCGAUUCUGGAGCGGGCGGCGUCCGCCCAUAAAUCAUUGUGGGCGAGGAAAAGUGAGAUCAUGAGCAUCAUCGACAAGAUGACGCAUGGAAUUCGUCAAGACAAUGACAUUCGUCCUUCGGGCUUCUGGGGCCCUGUUUGCGCAGAAGAAGUAGCCAAGAGGCGAAAACGCGCUGAAGAAGCCACGACCAAGAUCCAGUCUGCCUCGAAGUUGCCCGAGCGGGACCAUUGGGCAGACGAGUCUCUCGUCGAGGAGAUGUGGCAGCAGAUGUCCGACCUAGUCGACUCGGGAAGAUGGACUAAAGCACCACUAAACUCCUCUCUUCCAUUAGGUGGCUCGAAAGCCUUCCCAGUCGUCCAAGGUGGUAAAGCGCGCGUGUGUGUGGAUUUCCGAUUUCAGAAUACCUUCAUGGUUGCCCUCGAGCGCAUGAGACUCUUGGGAGCCCGGGCCACGACACAAAUCUCGUCACGCUUGAUGUCGUCCAAGUCCCGCCCCUUGGGCUUCUGGCAGUUUAAGCAGGACAUCGCCGCCGACAUCUCGCAGGAAAAGUUGCUUCGGGCCUCCAUGGAGGUCCAUACUGCCACAUCCAGGGAAGUUGACCCAGAUUCCGUUCCGGAUGGGUCCAACGACGGCAUCCACGCGGACUCUUAUGCUUUCCGCCCGCUAUCUGCCAAGAAGGACCUGAGGCAGUUCUAUUACCAACUGGCUACCGCCGAGCCCAACAAGAACGCAGUUUUCUUCCCAAUACCUUGGGCAGUGGAGGACUCUGAAAAGGAAGACAAAAGCAGCUCGCGGGGAAAACCAAAAUCGCCAGACGCUCCGCAAUCACUUAAGAGGCCUAAGCGAGACAGGAAGUGGGUCGUCAUCCUUUCUUGGGUGCAGCUGUUUGGGAGUUUGGCCAGCGUUCACGAUUGCGUGCACGUUUCAGAAUGCAUAAUGUGCAUCCUGAACUUGGUCCUCCUACUGGUGUCCACUGUGUAUGUGGAUGACGUCCACUCGCAGUCUCGUGCUGCUGCUUUGCGUUCCGACUCUGCCCUUGUCGACUUAUUUCUUGCUUUGGCAGGAUGGGAACAAGCCGACGCAAAACAAGAACAUCACGAUGAAGCCCUGAAGCGUUCUCUGACUGUGCUUGGCAUCGCGUAUCAGCUCGUCAACGAGCUCCAUCUGGCUUGUGGUGUGGAUAUUUCCAAACUUACGCAGUUGGCCGACAUGGGCGUCGCAGCAGCUGCCAACCUCGAGGCGCACUGCCUUACCAUUAAGGAGCUAGAGAGCUUUCGUGGGCUGUACAGACAUUGCGUGCAACUUGAUCGAGGGUCUAUGUUCUUAGCCAAGGGCGUCGAUCCGUGGUGCUCUGAGGCCUUCUUCCAUACGAACACUCGCAAGAAAAAGGAGCGCCGUGCUCUACUUGGACUCAUCCGCAUCAUGAUCUUCGUCGCAAGGUCGACGAAGCCGCUACUUCUCUCGACUAAAGCCUCGUCGGCUCCUUUGGUCCAUCUGUACACAGACGCCGCCCUCGUGAACCAGUCUGCACUUCGCGACGCGAUUGCCGCUGGACAACGUUCGGACCUGGACCAGUUUUCGCUUAAUAUCGGCGGUUUCCUUUUUCUUUCCGACGCUACCCAGAUUGCGUUUUCCGGUGUCGUACGAUCAAUCCCGUGCUGGGUUGCCAAGUUGGACAUUGGUGUGCUGGAGACUUUCGCUGCGCGGGUCGCACGAGAUUUUUUCCGCGACCACCUUCGCGGCAAAUCAGUUGUGCUUCAUUGCGACAACGUUGGCGCCGUCUAUGCAUUAGGAAGAUGCUCGUCGAGAUGCGCUACCACGCAACGGAUCGCUGCAGCCUUCGCCAAGUUCUCGGUGCAGCACGGCUUAUCCUUUUAUGUUGCCUGGGUUAGUACCAUGCGCAACAUCGCGGACGUUAUGACGCGCUUGGAGCGUCUUCGACUGCUACGCGAACACUUUCCGCGGGCUCGUUACAUUGUCCUCGGCUCCGACGCCCUUUCUGCCGGCGAGCUGUGGGGCGAUACGGGCGACAUGGAGAAGCUUCUCAUGGAGGGACCUAGCCGCGUUUUUUCAUUUAGGUGAAAAGACGAUGGUGAAUGCCAGGGUGCAUCUGGAGAUGCACUCUUUGUGACAGGGGCAGCUUGUCUUUGCUGUUCUGUGGGGUCUCAUUUUUCAGAAAAUUUGUCUUCAUCAAUGAGGGGAGUGUUACUCCUCCUCCAUUUCAGACCCUCACCAGGAGCACUAUGAUAAACUAACAUCAUAUUUAGACUGUGGCGCUUCUCUCGUAUGAGUGUGCUCCUGUUUUGUCACUGCGGUGACCUAUGAGUUAUCAGGCCCUCCGUGACUGAUUUCAAACUACAAAUUAUUCAAGCUGUUACCUUCGUAGACAGUUCAUGCGAACAGUGUGAUUAGGUGUUCGCAUUUUUGAGAUUGUCGCUUAGUGUGAUAUUCUCCUUUAUUCGAGGCUGGAUCGGUUUGGUGAAUAAA